AAAAUGGAUAGUAUAGAAGAACCUCAAAAAAAAGUCUUUAAGGCUCGAAAAACAAUGAGAGUGAGUGAUCGUCAGCAACUUGAAGCAGUGUACAAGGUCAAGGAAGAACUACUGAAAACUGAUGUCAAGCUGUUAAAUGGCAACCAUGAAAAUGGAGAUUUGGACCCAACCUCACCUUUGGAAAAUAUGGACUAUCUUAAUGACAAGGAAGAGGUGAAUGGCAUUGAGGAUCUUUGUUUUGACCCUGAAAAAAGUAAAGCAGAAUGGAAAGAAACACCCUGUACCUUAAAUGUUCAUGUAAAAAGCAAGCAGGAUGAUGACGUAAAGUGUGAACCUUUGUCUGCCAAUAAUGUAAGUCCAGAUCUAGCCUCUAAACUGACUGCUGAACCAUCUUCUGGUGAUCCAGCUUCUGAUCUGGCUACUGGAGGUCUGGGGUCUGGAGAUUCUGUCUCUGGAGACCUGGCCUCUGAAACAUUAACCUCUGGUGAUCCUGCUUCUGGUGACCCUAUCUCUGGAGAUCUUGCCUCUGGUGAAACAGCCUCCAGUGAACUGGUCUCCAGUGAGCCAGUUUCUAAUGAACUGGUCUCCAGUGAACCAGUCCCUGGUGAGUCAGUCUCCACUGAACCAGUCUCCAAUGAUUCAGCGUGUGAUGAUCCGGCCUCUCAUGAUCUUGCCUCUGAAUCACUGGCCUCUGAUGAUCCAGGCUCUGGUGAUCUGACUUCUAGUGAUCCAGCUUUUGGUGAUUCAGCCUCUGGUAAUCCAGCCUCUGAUGAACCAGCUUCUGAGACAGCCUUUGACUCCACCUAUGACCCAAGUUCAGUACCAGCCUGUGAACCAGUUCCUGAAACUGAUAGUACAGAGCCCAAUAGCAAUAAAGGUGAUGAUUUUCUUCAACAAAAUAGAGACAAUGAAAAGUUAGAUCAAGUUUUCUCAUUUGAUGAGAAAAAUAAAGCUGAUAGUAAUAGUGAUGCUGAUGCGGAAGCUCUUGAAACAGGUGAUACAAUUAUUUGUUCAGAUCUGUCUCCUGAAAAGAAGUUAGAAGAAGAUACAAUCACAGAAUCUGCUCUUGGAGAGGAGGCUAUAUCUAGCAGUGUGGAGAUUGACCACAGUGAAAAGAAUGAAGAAGAAAAUUCUGCAGACCUUAUAGAAACCAUUAGUGAAGAUGUUAUAAAAGAUGACAAAAAUGAGAAUAUCCUAGAAAAUACAGAUUCUAUGGAGACAGAUGAAAUCAUUCCUAUUUUGGAAAAGCUUGCACCUGCUGAAGAUGAACUCACUUGCUUUUCUAAAGCUUCUCUCCUUCCAAUUGAUGAGUCAAAUCCAGAUUUGGAAGAAAAGAUGGAAGGUUCUUUUGGUUCACCAUCUAAACAAGAAAGUAGUGAGAGCUUGCCAAAAGAAGCCUUCUUGGUCCUCUCUGAUGAAGAGGAUAUCUCGGGUGAAAAGGAUGAGUCUGAAGUUAUAUCACAAAAUGAGACAUGCUCUCCAGAACAAAUAGAAAGCAAUGAAAAGGACAGCAAACCUGAGGAGGAAGAGCAAGUAAUACGUGAAGAUGAAAGACCUUCUGAGAAAAGUGAAUUCUUUAGAAGAAAACGUUCUAAGUCAGAGGACAUGGACAAUAUACAGUCCAAACGCCGUCGAUAUUUGGAAGAGGAAUAUGAGGCAGAAUUUCAAGUAAAGAUUACAGCCAAAGGAGAUAUAAACCAGAAGCUACAAAAGGUUGUACAGUGGUUACUGGAAGAAAAAUUGUGUGCACUGCAGUGUGCUGUAUUUGAUAAGACAUUGGCAGAAUUGAAAACACGAGUGGAAAAGAUUGAGUGUAACAAGAGGCAUAAAACAGUUCUUGCUGAACUACAGGCCAAGAUAGCCAGGUUAACCAAACGCUUUGGAGCAGCCAAAGAAGAUCUUAAGAAAAGACAAGAAAACCCACCAAACCCACCUGUAUCACCAGGAAAGUCUGUAGUUGAUGUCAUCAGCAAUAACAGUGUGCCCUACAGAAAUACAAACACAGUGAGACAGAUGUUGGAGUCCAAAAGAAAUAUAAGUGAGAGUGCACCACCAUCUUUUCAAACCCCUGUGAAUACAGUAUCUUCAACCAAUCUUGUCACUCCUCCAACGGUUGUCAGUAGUCAACCUAAAUUGCAGCCUCCAGUGACUUCAGGUUCUCUGACAGCCACAUCAGUUCUUCCUGCACCCAACACAGCUACAGUAGUUGCUUCUACUCAGGUGCCUAGUGGAAAUCCCCAACCUACAAUCUCUUUACAGUCUUUACCAGUGAUUUUACAUGUACCUGUUGCUGUAUCCUCCCAGCCUCAGCUCCUCCAGAGCCAUCCAGGGACUUUAGUGACCAAUCAACCAUCAGGCAACGUUGAAUUCAUUUCUGUACAAAGCCCACCUACAGUGAGUGGUCUUACCAAAAAUCCAGUGUCUUUGCCAUCUUUGCCAAACCCGAAACCAAACAACGUUCCUUCUGUGCCCAGUCCUAGUAUUCAAAGGAAUUCUCCUGCCAGUGCUGCACCAUUAGGAACAACGCUUGCUGUACAGGCUGUUCCAACAGCACACUCUAUUGUACAAGCCACCAGGACUUCUUUACCUACAGUAGGCCCAUCAGGACUCUAUAGUCCAUCAAAUAAUCGAGGUCCUAUACAGAUGAAAAUUCCAAUUUCUGCUUUUAGUACUUCAUCUCCUGCAGAACAGAGCAGCACUACCACCACAAGAAUUGAAAACCAGACAAACAAAACAGUAGAUGCUUCUGUUAAUAAGAAAGCAGCCGAUAGCACAUCACAGAGUGGAAAAGCCACAAGCAGCGAUUCAGGUGGUGUCAUUGAUCUCACAAUGGAUGAUGAAGAGAGUGGAGCUUUACAAGACCCUAAAAAGGUAAAUCAUACCCCUGUGUCAACCAUGAGUUCUUCUCAGCCUUUAUCUCGACCAUUGCAACCCAUCCAGCCGGCACCACCUCUUCAACCAUCUGGAGUGCCAACAAGUGGACCAUCUCAGACAACCAUACACUUACUACCUACAGCUCCAACCACCGUGAAUGUAACACAUCGUCCAGUGACUCAGGUGACCACGAGACUCCCUGUACCGAGAGCUCCUGCAAACCACCAGGUGGUUUAUACAACCCUGCCCGCACCACCAGCUCAGGCUCCCCUGCGAGGGACUGUUAUGCAGGCUCCUGCUGUUCGGCAGGUCAAUCCCCAAAACAGUGUUACAGUCCGAGUGCCUCAAGCAACUACAUAUGUUGUAAACAAUGGAUUAACCCUGGGAUCAACAGGACCUCAGCUCACAGUGCAUCACCGACCACCACAAGUGCAUACUGAGCCCCCACGCCCUGUGCACCCAGCACCCUUACCAGAAGCCCCACAACCACAGCGUCUGCCCCCUGAAGCUGCCAGCACGUCUCUGCCUCAGAAGCCUCACUUGAAGUUAGCACGAGUUCAGAGUCAAAAUGGCAUUGUACUGUCCUGGAGUGUUCUGGAGGUGGACAGAAGCUGCGCCACUGUUGACAGCUACCACCUGUAUGCUUACCACGAGGAACCCAGUGCCACUGUACCCUCACAGUGGAAGAAGAUUGGCGAAGUCAAGGCACUUCCCUUGCCUAUGGCAUGCACUCUCACCCAGUUCGUGUCUGGCAGCAAAUACUACUUUGCAGUACGAGCCAAGGAUAUUUACGGGCGUUUUGGACCUUUCUGUGAUCCUCAGUCAACAGAUGUGAUCUCUUCUUCGCAGAACAGUUAAACCUUGGAGCCUUUCUCUCUUCCUCUUUCAGAAGUUCUACUUUUUGGUCUUGUUUUAAUCUUGUGCAUGAUACCCAUUGUAAAAUGCACAUUGUGCAAGAUUUCUUGGACCGAUGUGUAUAUACACUACAUUUGUUUAUAAUCAGAAUAAA